AACGUGAUGUUCCCUGGUGCUGGAGACGAGGGCAUCUUGGAGUACAAGUCUGUCAUCUACUACCAGAUCAAACAGCCACGCUGGUUUGAAACCAUCAAGGUUGCCAUCCCCAUUGAAGACGUGAACCGAAGUCACCUGCGAUUCACCUUCCGCCACCGAUCAUCUCAAGAAUCCAAAGACAAAUCGGAGAAGAUAUUCGCCCUGUCGUUUGUGAAGCUGAUGAGGUACGAUGGGACGACCCUGAGGGACGGAGAGCACGAUCUCAUCGUAUACAAG